AUGUAUUCACUAUAGAAAUUAGUGCCAAAUAGUAAAUUACAAAUUAAGCCUGGAGCAUUCUCUCAACAUCAAAAAUUAAAUUAAAGUGUCGAUGGUGUAUUGCCUGUAAAUUAAUAAUCUUUGCAGCAACUACAAACAUAGAUAUAAAUAUUAACAAAAAAAGAACCUCUACGUCAAUAAAAUAAGAAAUAAGAAUUACUAUAGAUUUUAGAGAAUGCCUAAGCAAACUAAAAAUAAACUAAAUCAAUGUCACCUAAAAGAACACCUUAGAAAUAGAAGAGUAACAGAAAAUUGAAUUUUAAUUAAAUCACAGAUCAGGAUAAUCUAUUUUUGAAUUCAAGCAAUGCUAUGGCCAAUAUGAUUAUUGAAAACAUCUUAAAUAAAGAUGAAUAUUAUGAGAAAAUUAAAUUAGAGAAUUAAGAACUAAAAGAUUAAUCCUCAAAAUAUUAAGCCACAAUAGGAGAUCUUAAAAAGAAAAUGACUACAUUAGAACGUUAGAAUAAAGAAAUCAAUACUAAUCUAAGCAAUGAACGUCAAACAUAUUAAAAUGAGCUAAUCAAAAUCAAUGAGAAGAUUCAAUCCAUGAAAACUAUGCAGUAAAACUUAUAAAUGGAAUAAAAGAAAAAUGAAUUACUCACAAAAUAAUUAUAAGAUCAAAUAACUAUUAAUAAUGGCUUAAAAUCCUUUAUUUGUGAAAACUGCUUGUUAAGUAUUGAAUUCUUAACAUUUCUAUAAAAGUCAGUAUAAACAUUUUAACCAAAUUUAAGUAGUGCUUAUGAUACUUUAAUUGCAUUAUCAAAACAUUCAACAUCUUUUAUUUUUGAAUUUAUAUCUAAAACUUAGAAUUUGAAUCUACCUGCAUUAAGAAAUUGCCUCUUACCAGAAGAAUUUGAUGUUAAUGGAUUUUUCGAGAUUUUAGAAUAAUUAAAAAUGCAUGAAUCACCAGAGUUAUCAUUUCGUAAUAAAAAUAAUAAUGUUGUAAAAUAGAGUAUUCAUGUAAAUAAUAAUAAUAAUAAUAAUAAUAAUAAUAAUAAUAAUAAUAAUAAUAAUAAUAAUAAUAUUAAUUUAUCCAUACCAGAUGUAGCAAAAUAAAAUAAAAUUACAAGUUUGUAAGAAUAAUUUAAUGCAUUUCUUGAAUCAAGUGAACCAUUUUCAGAUUCUUAAUUAGGUAGUCCUUAUUUCACAGAUCUUGAUACUCUUGAUAAAUAAAGACCUUUUACUAAAGAAAAACAAAGAAAUUAAAUGCCCUUGUAAAUGAAUGCUGCGAAAAAGAUUAAACAAGAAAUUAAUUAGACUCCUCAUUAUUUUUAAUCAUUUAAAUAAAAUGAUAAUGAACCAACAGUCUUUGAUUCGUUAAUGAAAGAGGCUCCCAUUAAUAAAGAUAGAUGUUCUUCAGUUCAUAGUUUAAGAUAUUUGGAUUAACAAAUUUAAAAAGAGUAAGAGAAAUCAACUAAAAGGAAUAAAGAAAAUUAAUAGGUUAAUUGUUAAUUUGUUAUUGCUAAGUACGAUUAUAAAGCUUAAAAAGUAUGUACAUAUUUAAUAAAUUUAAUAGGAUAUUGAUUUGACUUUUAAGAAGGGAGAUUAAAUAAAACUAUUAAAAAAGACAACAAAUGGAUGGUGGUAUGGUGAGGAUAAAAAUUAAGUUAAGGGAUACUUUCCACAUAAUUUUGUUCAAUUAGUAGGAUGA